UUGCGGUGCUAGGGAAACAAAAAAAGUUUCUGUUUUGUUAGCUUGUCUGGUUGAAAUGACGACGGCAACGGCGGGAACAUUCCAUUAUUUUGCCUACGGAAGUAAUCUUCUUGCUAAAAGGAUACACAUUCAAAACCCAUCCGCAGUGCGGAAAGGAUUCGGUUAUCUUCAGAACUACGGUCUAGACUUUUUCCACUAUGCUGCACGUUGGCGAGGGGCGCCAGCCACGAUAGUUGAGCAUCCGGAAGCGCAAGUGUGGGGAGCGAUAUGGGAAAUUGAUAACAGUAAUCUAGCGGAUCUGGACCGCCAGGAAGGUGUUCAUAACAGCGUUUACAAGCCGCUUACUCUGCCAGUAAUAUUACCGACAGGCGGAACGCUAGAUUGUCGAGUGUAUCAGCUAGUGAACAACCCUUGCCACUUGAAUUCGACUGAGGAUAGGCCCUUCGAAAGGCAACCCUCGAAAACCUACAUGAACAUUAUAGUAAACGGAGCCAAAGAAACUGGUUUGCCAAAUGGAUAUAUUGAAUUACUGAAAAACGUAAAGCACAAUGGAAAUAGCGGCGAUCCGCAACUGUCGCUUGAGUUAGAGAAACCAAUAGAAGAUUGAUUUUUUAAGCUAAAUUUCGACUUUCAUUCCCAAGUUCCCAAGUUCCAAUUUUUCUCGUUCGUGCGAAAAUUUAAAUUUAGCUCUAACUAUAAAAAACAGGUAAAACUUCCUAUCACAAAGAGAAUACUUUUCUCAACAACAAAGAAGG